AUGGCUUCUGCUAUAGGAGUCAUCUCCGGGCUCAUCACCAUCUUCCUGUUUGCUCGCGACGAACUUGGUCAGGAUGAUCCACCCAAUGCUGUUCUGAACUUCAAGGUUGGAUUAGACGGCACCAACCCGCCCGCUGGUAUCGAUGGAGGCCCGCUUACCGAUGCGGGUGGUAACAUCCCAGAUGUUCGUCUUUGGAAUGAAAAUGGCGGAUUCAUUGGUAUCACCACCAAUGAUAACAACAACUGCGGUUCAGGCGCCGAUGUCUGCGAAACCAAAGUCAGCGAUGUAGAGCAGCAGCCUACGUAUACCCUACUCACGGGGAACAACGACGCCAUCUGUCUCUCCUGGGCCGCGAUUACAUUCCCAGGAGGCCAGCAGUACGGCUGUCCGCUCGGGAACUGGGCACAAGAGUGCGCAAAUAAUCACGGUGGUGAAGCGACUUGGUACUGGAGCAACAUCUUUCUUGAGCUCGAAGAAGGUGGCGAGGCACCUGUCCCAUGUGCUUGGGUCGAUGCCGACGGCGAUAUGCCAACGACGGGAAUCCAGAUCCACUGGCCAGACUUCUCUCCAGGAACUGCAGGAGAUGUGGGAACAUCAUUCUACUGCGCCAACAACUUCGCCCUGAGAUUCAGAUUUGAUGAGGACCCUAGCACAGUCAUCCGCCCAGCUCGCCGGAGCCUGGAACCCUAUGAAAAUAAGCAAUAUACCCGACUCAGGAAACGCUUCGAGAAGGAUUCCCGCCUCGUCAAAAGUAGUGUUGCACAACACUCGGCUUCGGAAUUGUGUAAUGCUCCGACGUCUGUGGGUCCGAGUUUUGUCUCGUACGCCGAGAGAGCUUUCUGCUAUAUGCCAACCAAGACGGUCUACCCAUUCUGCGAGGAAGACAGUGCCGGUGCGUGCUGGUCCGACGACGAUGAUCUUGUGGUGGUGAAAGGUGAUGCUCGCAUUGAGAAUGUUCCGGCUAUGACAUUCAACCAGACGCUGAGUUGGUGA